AUGACCUCUCUUCAAGGACCAAACAAUUUUGCUGAUGACGGUAGCGCCAUUAUAGAGCGCGUACUUAAAGUGAAAAGUAAAAGAUUGGCGGAUUCCGAUAAGCAACUAGAGGAAAUUUAUGAAAUCGACAGAACCGUGAAAGCAUUAAUUGACGGUGGGUUUGAUAAGGUUGCACUGCAGUUUCCUGAUGAAUUACUGGCAGAUUCCGUUAAAAUUGCUACAAUUUUAAGAGAGAAAGUCAAGAAAAAGAUUUUUAUUCUGGCAGAUACUUCAUAUGGAAGCUGUUGUGUAGAUGAAAUAGCAGCUCAACAUGUCGACGCAGAAUGUAUUAUUCAUUAUGGCCGUUCAUGUCUAAGCCCUACUUCGCGACUUCCCGUAAUAUACGUGUUUGGAAAACAACCUAUCGUUUUAGUUCAUUGUUUAGAAUCAUUUGAUGAAUUUUUUAAACUGGACAAGAAUCAACCAUUACUUAUUAUGUAUGAUGUCGUUUACUCAUAUUGCAUAAAUGAUUUCGUCCUUGAAUUGCGAAAUGAAAAAAAUUAUACAAAUAUUAUCCAGUCCUUUGUUAUGUUAGAAUUUAAUUUUUUAAAAGAUACUCCAGUUUCAAACCAUUUAGGAAGGCAUUAUUCAUUACCUGAAAACAUUUCAAUUGAAAAUUGUUCGAUAUUUUAUAUAGGUGGUGAAAGCUUAACUUUAACUAAUAUAUUAAUGACAUAUAACAAGUGCAAGGUUUUUUCAUAUAAUCCGGAAACACAGAUAGGGAGGCAAGAGAGCAUACAUGUGAAUAAAGCUUUAAUGAGACGUUAUUAUAUGAUACAAAAAGCAAAGGAUGCUGAUGUUAUUGGAAUAGUUGUGGGAACUUUGGGCGUUGCAUCUUAUUUAACAAUAAUAUCACAUCUCAAAAAAUUAAUCAUCCGUGCUGGCAAAAAACCAUAUACAUUUGUCAUGGGUAAACUUAACGUUGCAAAAAUGGCGAAUUUUAUGGAAAUCGAGUGUUUUGUACUUGUGGCUUGUCCUGAAAAUAGCUUGAUUGAUUCAAAGGAAUUUUAUCGUCCGAUUGUGACUCCUUUUGAGUUAGAGAUAGCUUUGGAUCCUAUCAAAGAUUUAACAUUACGCAAUCAAAAUACAUCGGUAUCAAAUUUACUGAACAGUGCAGCAGGAGAUUAUCUUAAAUCAAGGACAUUUCGAGGACUAGAACAACAAAUCGGAGAAACAGAAAUACGAUUAGCCGAAGAGGGUCGAUCUGGCAUUGCUAAAGGUUAUGCGAAUGAAGAAACUUAA